ACCAGCUCCGCCCCGUCCCGCGAAUGCUGGGAAUUGUGGUCUCCGCCGGACGCGAGUUGUCAGGCGCCCCGGGGCCGCAGGGCAUGCUGGGUCCGCUAGCCCUUCCGGGGCGCCUCCGGACUUCGGGUCACGGCACCUUGGCGGAUGCCCAAAGUCUCAGCCUUCCCAGGAGCCCCUGCGGCCCGGCGCGAAGAUGGCGGCGGCGGCGGCCGGGCGCGCCUAAAACAGCUGUGAUGGAGCCUUCCCCGGCACCCGGGCCGGAGCGGCUCUUUGACUCGCACCGGCUCCCGGGUGACGGCUUCCUGCUCCUCGCGCUGCUGCUCUACGCGCCGGUCGGCUUCUGCCUCCUAGUGCUGCGCCUCUUUCUUGGGAUCCACGUCUUCCUGGUUAGCUGCGCGCUGCCUGACAGUGUUUUCCGCAGGUUCGUGGUGCGGACCAUGUGUGCGGUGCUGGGGCUUGUGGCGCGCCAGGAAGCCUCCGAGCUCCGCGAUCCCCGCGUCAGGGUCCUCGUUUCCAACCACGUGACGCCUUUUGACCACAACGUAGUCAACCUGCUCACCACCUGUAGCACCCCUCUACUCAAUAGCCCUCCCAGCUUUGUGUGUUGGUCUCGGGGCUUCAUGGAGAUGGACAGGCGGGUGGAGUUGGUGGAGUCGCUCAAGAGAUUCUGUGCCUCCACGAGGCUUCCCCCCACCCCUCUGCUGCUCUUCCCCGAGGAGGAGGCCACCAAUGGCCGGGAGGGCCUCCUGCGCUUCAGUUCCUGGCCGUUUUCUAUUCAGGAUGUGGUACAACCUCUUACCCUGCAAGUUCAGAGACCCUUAGUUUCUGUGACGGUGUCAGAUGCUUCCUGGGUCUCAGAACUGCUGUGGUCACUUUUCGUCCCUUUCACGGUGUAUCAAGUAAGGUGGCUUCAUCCUGUUCGUCGCCAGCUGGGAGAGGAGAAUGAGGAGUUUGCGCUCCGCGUACAACAGCUGGUGGCCAAGGAAUUGGGCCAGACAGGGACACGGCUUACUCCAGCUGACAAAGCAGAACACAUGAAGCGACAAAGACACCCCAGGUCGCGCCCCCAGUUAGCCCAUUCUUCUUUCCCUCCCUCUCCUGGCCCUCCUCCUGAUGCGCAGUUGGCCACGCUGGCUCAGAGAGUCAAGGAGGUUUUGCCUCAUGUGCCAUUGGGUGUCAUCCAGAGAGACCUGGCCAGGACUGGCUGUGUAGACUUGACCAUCACUAACUUGCUUGAGGGGGCUGUAGCUUUCAUGCCCGAAGACAUCACAGAGGGAACCCAGUCCCUGCCCACAGCCUCUGCCCCAAAGUUCCCCAGCUCUGGCCUGGUGACCCCUCAGCCCACAGCCCUAACAUUUGCCAAGUCUUCCUGGGCCCGUCAGGAGAGCCUGCAGGAGCGAAAACAGGCUCUGUAUGAAUAUGCAAGAAGGAGAUUCAGAGAGAGACAGGCCCUGGAGGCUGACUGAGCCCAAAGGAUGGUACCCAGAGCCGCAGGACGGAGACUGGGGGCAGCCCUCACCCAACUAAAAAAAGGCCGGAUGAGUGGGUGGUAAAAAAAGGGAGGGAUGGGGCUCCCCCAAUCUCACAUUAAAUACAGGGUUUUCACUCAA